AUGGUUAGUUUGACCUUGUGUAAUUGCGGAAUCGGUCCUAGGGGUUUCGCAGUUCUUUUCCAAACCCUUUCAAUAAAUCAAACACUCUACCAUCUCAAUAUUGGUAAUCCUUUUUCUAAUGAGAGGAAUAGACUUGGAUUAGCACUAAAUCAAUUGGCAGAGGCAUUGAAGAAGAAUAGAAUUUUGGCAAUCUUAGACAUAAGUGGUUGUGGAAUCUAUGAUUUAAGAAAAUUGAAUAGUGCCUUUGCAGAAAACAGGAAUCUACUACACAUAAAUGUUUCUGAUAAUGAACUCAAAGACACACUGACAUUGCCGUCAUAUCUUGAGAGAUUGGAAGCACAAAAUAAUAUGUUUGGAUAAUAGGUAGUUUAAAUAUGUGAACAAUUGAGACAAGGCUCUGAUUCUGUCCACGCUCGAGAAAUCAAUCUCAAAAGAAAUAAAUUAACUAUUAAUCAACUAUUUGCUAUACUAGAGUAAAUUGAAAGAAACACUCAUCUUAAUAAAUUAAUACUAGAUGAAAAUACAUUCAUUGGAGAAAACAAUAUUUGUAUAUGCAAUUAUCUAGUUUACAACAAUCACCUCGAGUACCUUUCCUUAAGGAAUUGUUCAUUGACCUAGAACUUUAUCGAGCAAUUGGCAUCUGGAUUAUGCAGAAAUGGAAGUUUGAAGACUCUGGACAUUAGUAAGAAUAUCAUCGGAGAUCAAGGAGUUUUAGCAUUGGUGCAAGGCUUUUAGGGUUCAUGCAAUCUCAAAAGCAUUAUUAUGAAAAGAUGUGGCAUGACGGAUCUAAGUGGCUUAGAAUUAUUCAAAACAUUUCUCAAAUCCAACAUCUAGGAGUACGAUUUCUCAAACAAUCUUAUGGGAGACUAAACUGCAAUGUAUGCGAUUUAAUUGAUUAAGAAGAAUAAGGAUAUCAUCAAAAUGAACUUUAAAAAGAAUCUCAAUUCGUAUGAGACUAACAAUUAAAUUGAAAAAUUGCUACUUGAGAACAUCUAGGAUCGGAAGAGAAAUGUUAUUCCGCAUCUCCGGCAUAAGAUUUAAGGAAUGACCAAUUACAGAGAAUAAUAGGAUUAUGUUGACAAGAAAAAGGGAACAGCUUUUUGGUCAAAAAGGUUCAAGCUGAAAAGGAUUUUAAUUUUAUGUUAAUAGGGGGCCAAGGAACGUACUUAAACUGUCGAGGAGAGAAUGAUCAAAUUGAGAGAGGAAGCCCAACAAUUGACCGUAUAGUAAUUAAAUUUGGAUAAAUUUCUUUGGAAUUAAAUUGCUGUGAUUGAGGAUGAGCAGAAAGUAUAUGCUGAUUAAUUGAAGAAUGAGAAUGCUUUGAUUGUGAAUUUAAACAAACAAAUCUAAGAAGCUUAAAGUAAAUAAAAAUCUAUUGUCUAAAUUUACAAAUAGCAAAUGGAGAAUCUUAAAUUGUAAGAUGGAAUUCAAAAAAGAAAAUUAGAUUAAUAAUAAUAAGAAUACAAUAGUAUUUUAUCAUAAUUAGAAUUUGUUAAAAAAUAACAGAAAACAACGAUUAAAAAAUGA